AUGUCGUCCGAUGCUAGCUCUCGCGGGUCGGUUUCCAAUCAUCUCUGCUCUCGUAAAUCGUCGGAUUCUUCGGAUCGUACACCAAAUGUUGAUCGAUUUCGAGCGAAUUCUUUCGAUGACGACCUGGAAUCUGAUUCUUUCCCCCGUAGGAGGAAUUCAUCUAGGUUGUCCGACGCCGGUUCAUGGGCAUCUACAGCCGAACUGAAGCGUCGUGAAUCAUCUUCUCAGCGUGAUCUCGUUGGGGCGACCUCGAUUGUCCCCUUUGUUCCUCGUUUGAUUGACGAGGACAUCGGUGAUAUUAAAUUUGACGAACCGGAAGUGGAGAUUGGGUAUGCCGACAUGCCCUUCGGCGUUCCGAGGCCGACCCCCUACCAUGUCGAUUUUUUGGGGCCGAGCCAGACAAGCGUCGAGACCCUUGCGUAUACUCUUCACUACUGUGACGCUCCAUCUUCGAUAGAAGUUCGCGUCCCAACCCUAUCUGAGCGACCUUGGUCCGCUCCAGACGGCUUCCUUUGUGUCUAUGAGAGUUUCUUUACGGAGUGCGAUCUUACAUUUCCGAUUCCGAGCUUCCUGCUUGAGUAUGUAGCGAGGCGGGAGAUGGCUCUUUCUCAGCUCUCUGGUGCUGCCAUCCGGAAUGCGAUAGGCCUGGUUCGGCUGGCGAAUAGGUGCGGCGUGGUGGUCCGUUCAUCUCAUUACGAGGAGGUGACCAAGAUUAAGAGCCUCAGCAAGAAAAAGCCGGGCUUACACUACGUUCAGUCGUCCACGACUCCUAAGCUUGUCGACGAGGCCAAGAGCAAAACUAACGACUGGUCGGCGGGAUAUUUCUUUGUUAGGAUUUCUGCAGAAUCUGUUGAGGACGUUAGGAUUCCGAUCUAUACAGGGUGGAAAAUUUCACCCGCUCGUUUCCCGACGAUAUUUGAUCCAUUUCUCGAGCAGCUCAAGAAGGAUCUCGAAAAGAUUCGCGCUGAGGGUACGUAUAUCUGGCCAUCCACUAACAAAGUUGCUCGCCGCCCCUCUCGGAAUCCUUUACGUGGUCGCCAAGGUUCUUCUCGUCGAGGAUCUAUUCGUCAAAGUUCCAAAGUUUCUGCUCUUCAAAAACCAGGUCGUAAAGCGAUGGGUAAGUUCGACCUGAGUGUGGUCCCGGAUUACGCCAGUCUUUACAGGGAGAAGAGGCCGGCCACGGAGACUCCCGCGGCAAAGCCAUCUCGUUCAGAGGAGCGACAAAUGAGGGAGGCCCUGAAGAAGAGUCUCUUAGAUCAGGGAGGGCGUCAAGCCUUCCAGGCCGGAAGUUCUCGGCCGUUGAGCCCUAACUCAGAGAAGGUAAAGAAGAACGAGAUGCUCGCAGCUCGUUUAACUCAGCAGGCUGGUGGGGGCGACCGAGUUGCGAUCCUUCCCCCAGGUGAUGAUCUCCGAGCCGUAGGAGCCCGGAGUGGCUCAGUCGAGCCUCUGAGCAGGAAGAGGCCGGCUGAUACAGGAGCUCGUCCGAUUGCCCAGAAGAGGCCCCGGGUCGCCGACCACCGGUGGUCGUAUCGCUAUGUUGAUAGGGAUGUUCCCUUUACAUCUAAUGCGGACGCCUGUGCGGCUUUAUUCUGCGAGAUGGGUCACGGCCCCGGCUCGUUCCCUCUAAUUGAGGAUCUUCGGGAGCGGGAUGCGUAUACCGAGGCGGCCAGGAAAUCAUGCGAGGCGACUUUCGCGGUGAACCGCAUGGUUUAUCUCUACGAGCGCCGAGUUCGUCGGCUUUCGACCGAGAACCCAAAUUCGAGUGAUUAUCAGGCUGCCAUUGCUGCGGAGAAGGAGCGGGUAGAUCAGGUCUCACGAGAGUUGGGUGUUGUUAAGGACGAGGCGGUGAAGCUUAAGGAGAAGGUCAACCUUCUCGAUCAUCACCGGAAUGGGCUGAUUGCGGAGAGGGACCGUUUGAGCGCUGAAGUGGAGGCAGAGAAGGCUCGGUAUGACGAGCUCGCUGUGAUCCUCCGUUCCGAAAAAGCCAGACUGCGAGAACGUCGUGCUGAGUACGGCGAGUAG